AUGACCGAGCCCCGAAGGGCAGCGAAGCCGACGCCAACCGCGCAGAGCUUGCGGGGCUCUCUGCAGCCCCGCCCCUCAAGAGUGGACACCGGUAGUCUGGGCGGGUAUCGGGACGCUGCCGCCGCCUCCCAGGAGCCCCCCUUCCAUGGUACGCUGAUGCUCUCCAGAGCGGGCUCAGGGCGCCGGCGGGUAGUGCUGCGGGAGCUGCUGGGACUGCAGGGGGCGGCUCCCGCCGGGUGUCUGUCAGAACAGCCCGCGGGCGGGCCAGGCGGCAGCGGGCUGUGCCUGGAGCCCCGAGGGCACGCGUGGAUGCUGGUUGCCGUGAAGGGCCGCUUUGAGGCGCUGCGGGAGCUACUGGAGGCCGAGCCUGGGCUGCUGCUGCGGGGCGACCCGAUCACGGGCUACACGGUGUUGCACUGGCUGGCCAAGCACGGGUGCCACGAGGAGCUCAUACUGGUGCACGACUUCGCCCAGCGCCGCGGGCUGCAGCUCGACGUGAGCGCCCCAGGCAGCGGCGGCCUCACGCCCCUCUACCUGGCGGCCCUGCAGGGCCAUGACAUGGUCAUCAAGGUGCUGGUGGGUGCCUUAGGCGCCGACCCCACGCGCAGCGAUUACAGCGGUCACAGGGCCUGCCACUACUUGCGGCCCGAGGCGCCCCAGAGGCUGCGGGAACUUUUGGGGACUGAGGACUGGGAGGUGGCGGGCGGCAGUGAGCGCAACAACGUCAACAACAACAGCAGCGGCUCUGCCGUGUGGACGCUGCGACGCAUCCAGAGCGCAGCGGGCGCGACAACCGUGCAGCCCAUGGCAAGAACAAGAACGCCACCGGCCAAGGAGAAGGACACUGUGGGCAGCCGGGUGGCACAAAUUCAGAGCCUUUUCCGCCAAAUGUUUCCCUUCUUCCAGGACCGUUGA